AUGUCAGAAGCCCAGAAGAAGCUUCAGGAGCUGUCCGAGAGCUAUCAGAGCCUGCAGGCAGAGCUUGAAACAGCCGUAGAAGCACGCCAGAAGCUCGAAUCGCAGCAGCAGGAGAAUACGACUGUCAAGAAGGAAUUCGACAUUCUCGACGACGAUGCGAACAUCUACAAGCAGAUCGGCCCGGUACUACUGAAGCAGGACAAGACAGAGGCGCUCAUGUCAGUGAACGGACGUCUGGAGUUCAUCGAGAAGGAGAUCAGGCGGUUCGAGACACAGAUCAAGGGCAUCCAGGAUAAGAGUGAGAAGGUCAAGGUCGAGAUCAUCCAGAUACAAAACGCCGCACAGCAGCAACAGCAAGCACAAGCAUCAGCAUAG